GUGCUUGUGGUGUUGACUACAUUGUGGCAUACGAGCAAGUCAGGAAGGAGAAAAAAGAAGAAGAAGCAGACAAUAUAAUUCAAGAGAAAAGCGAACCCAGCCUGAUCUGUCCCCCACCACGCAGCAGAAACUAUCUUCCUCCAGAGGAUAUACAGUUGUGCCUCGAGUCUCAUGUCAAGGAGAUUUUUGGACCCUCACUUCCUGAUAAUUGGCAGCAGACACCCCUCAAAGAAAACAGGUUGAAGUACCGCCUCCUGGCCCAGCUGGCAGCCGAACUUGGUCACGCUGUCCCCAACUCGCAGCUGCACCUGAUGCGCAGUGCGGAGGAUGUGUUGAGUUUCUAUAGCACUCCUGUGAAGGAUGCGUCCAGAUUGGAUGAGCUGUGCGCCGCAGGGCUGCCCUCCAACCUCAGGAUUAUCUGGGAGCAGUGA